GGCCUAUAGUUCCCUGGUUCCUUUUUGUUCCCUGUUUUAGAAGUAGAGUAUAAACCUGCUUUGGGAGCCACUGUCAGCUCUGCGACCUACGCGCAAGGACCACUUUUAGCCUCUGACUUGAAUGCAGCAAAGAUCACAAUGGGGUUAUCUACCAGUUCGUACCAGCAGAUGGAGCCCUCUCCCUGCAACUUGCUCAGUGUAAAAGUUAUCAGAAUGAAAAAUCUGCGGAAGGCCGACCUGCUAACUCAGUCUGAUUGUUAUGUGAGCCUAUGGCUACCGACCGCUUCAGUCAAAAAGGCCCGGACCAAAACUGUCAAGAACUCCAAAAACCCAGUCUGGAAUGAAACCUUCCACUUCAGGAUUCAGAGUCAGGUCAAGAAUAUCCUGGAGCUGAAAGUCUGUGAUGAAGAUGAUCACACUCCAGAUGACCAUCUCCUCACUAUUUUCUUUGAUGUAUCUAAAAUCCAACUUGGAGAAACAGUUCGGCUGAACUUUCAGGUGAAUCCACAGGGAAAAGAGGAGCUAGAGGUUGAGUUCACAAUGGAGAGCAGUCCAGAUCUUCCUGAAAACAUCGCUACAAAUGGUGUAUUAGUGUCUCGUGAAGUUUCCUGUUUGGAAGUUCAGGUGGAUGAGGGGAGGAUAAAGAAGGGAUCCACAGAAAGAAAAUUCGCACUUACAGUGGAAGGAUCCUAUGAAGGAACCCAGAACCUUUCACUGAGCUCCUGCCUUUGUCCUGCUUCUCCUGCCAGAUUCCACUAUAUCAAGUAUAAUCACUCAGAACUGGGCAUUGCACUACCAAAGAUGAGACAGCUCUCCGUGACUUCCUCAAGUCAAGAUGAAAGUGAGUCCCUGACUCUAGCUCUGAAUUCACUUCCCAUUCAAGAUAAAGUAACAAUAGGAGAGACCAGAACGUUUGAUUUGCAUGUGAAGACAAAAGAAUGGACUCAGGGCCUGUUUAACAGCUCAAGAAAACUAGAUGUACGUUUAGGAUUUGACCUGUGCACAGAGGAACAGAAUUUCCUGAAGAAUCGGAAGAAAGUGGUUGCUGCUGCUCUGAAGAAGGUUCUUCGGCUAGAAGAGGAUCUGAAGGACCAUGAGGUGCCAGUUGUGGCUGUGACAACAACAGGAGGUGGGAUAAGAGCUUUGACAGCCAUGUAUGGCAGCAUCUUGGGUCUUCAGAAACUGAAUGUUCUGGACUGUGUUUCAUACAUCACUGGCUCAUCUGGCACAACAUGGACCAUGACAAACUUGUAUGAAGAUGAUGAUUGGUCACAUAAGGAUCUAGGGGAGCUAAUCAUUGAAGCUCGGAAGCAAGCAUCCAAAUCCAAAAUGAGUGCUUUUUCCUUGGAAAGUCUGAAGAAUUAUCAUAGGGAGCUGAGUCAACGCACCCAAGCAGGAUACAAGACAUCUUUUAUAGAUCUCUGGGGGCUCAUGAUUGAAUCCAUGUUGAAUGAUGGGAAAGAUGAACAUAAACUCUCAGAUCAGCAACAGGCAGUGAAUUGGGGUCAGAACCCACUGCCCAUCUAUCUGGCUCUCAAUGUCAAGGACAAUGUUACCACUAAAGAUUUUAGAGAGUGGGUGGAGUUCACUCCCUAUGAGGUGGGAUUCCUGAAAUAUGGAGCCUUUAUUCGUGCGGAGGAUUUUGGAAGCGAGUUCUUCAUGGGCCGGCUGAUGAAGAAGCUCCCAGAAUCUCGGAUCUGCUUCAUGCAAGGAAUGUGGAGUAGUGUGUUUUCCAAGAAUCUCUUGGAUGCAUGGCAUGCAGCUGACAAUUCAGAGGACUUCUGGCACAGAUGGACCCAAGACAGAGUGACUGAAAUAGAGGAAGAACCUGAUCUACCUGAGAGGCCACAUGAGAUGGCUACUUGCAUGUACACUCCUGCAGGAGGCAUUUCCAAUGCACUUCGAGAUAUUUUAACGGAUCGCCCAGCAGUAUCAAAGUACCACAGUUUCUUAAGGGGUUUCCAGAUGCACAACGAGUACACACAGCAUGAGCAGUUUUCUAAAUGGAAAGACACUAUGCUAGACUCUUUGCCUAAUCAACUGAGACACACUGCAGAGCAUCUGGAGCUGGUAGAUACUGCAUUCUUCUUUGAUACCAGUUACCCACCACUUAUGAGACCAGAGAGGAAAGUGGAUGUCAUCCUGCAUUUAAACUACAGUGGAGGAUCACAGACAAUGCCUCUGGACCGGGCCUCCACAUACUUCUCAGAGCAAGGAAUCCCAUUUCCUAAGCCCGUGUUGAAUGAGGAAGAAAGGAAGAAUCUAAAGGAGUGUUAUAUGUUUGAAGAUGCAGAGACCCCAGGUGCUCCCAUACUGCUUUAUUUCCCACUUGUGAACGACAGCUUCCAAAGAUACAUAGCACCUGGUGUGGAACGCAGUGCAUCAGAAAUAGAACUGGGCAAAGUUGAUGUCUCCAGUUUCUAUUCCCCAUAUUCUACAAGGGAAGUCUCACUGAAGGCACAAGAUUUCAACAAGCUGCUGAAACUAACCAAUUACAACAUCCAGAAUAAUGAAAACUUGAUUCUUCAGGCCUUGCAUGCAGCUGUGAGGCGGAGAAAACAAUCUCAGACCCAGUCCCCAUCCCAAGCACAGUCAUCUUCCUGAAAGAAAUCUUUCCUGAAACCCCUCUUCUGGCCUUCAGACAACCCCCCCCAAUCUCUCCCAGAUCAUCAUCUUCACAGACAAGGCCACACUAACUCAAAGCGGCAUCAGACCCUGCCAGAACAACAGAUGGAAAACCUGCAGACCUAUCUCCUCUGCUACAAUGAUCAACACCCCACUCAACACUUCUUUCAAGAUCCAUGGGUUCUACACAUGCCUAUCGCAACAUGUCAUGUACCUCAUCCAGUGCACUAAAUGCCCCAAUAACAACUAUGUGGGUGAAACCAGACAAUCACCAGACUUUUGAAUGAGUUCACACAGAAAAAUGAUAAAGACAAAAAUACCCUAUCAUCUGUGGUGAACACUUUUCGC